AUACCUGCUCUUUCAGCUGUCAGAAGAUAUCAGUGAAGAUGAGCUGAAGUCUUUCAAGUUUCUUUUGGGGACAGAAUUACCAAAAUGCAAGCUAAACCCUAAGACUACAAUGCUCGACGUUUUCACUGAGAUGGAGAAGAAGGGGAUUUUGGGAGAAGACAACCUAAAUAUCCUGAAGAGUCUCUGUGCAGAAAUUAACCUCGUCCUGUUGAAGAGAAUUGAAGAGUAUGAAUUAAACCUAUUUGGUGAAGAAGAGAUGGUCGUCACGGAGGAACACAGGGGUAGGACAGGAGGCCCUGAAGCCCAUGCCAGAUGGCGGCCAUCAUCUGUGACAGCUGAUUCUCCUGACAGUUGGAAUGAACCUUCCCGGCUUGAAGCUUACAAAAUGACUAGCCGACCCCGCGGAGUGUGCCUGAUCUUGAAUAAUCACAAUUUUGCAAAAGCCAGGGAAGCAGUGCUGGAACAAAAAAACUUGAAGGAUCGGACUGGGACAGAUGUGGAUGCAGCGGCUCUGACAAGAGUCUUUAGGAAGCUUCAUUUUAUAAUAAGAGAAUAUAGAGACCUCACCGCAGAGGAAAUCCGUGAGACUGUGAACAUCUACCGGUGCAAAGACCACAAGGACAAAGACUGUUUUGUUUGCUGUAUUCUGUCUCAUGGGAAAAAAGGCAUUAUAUAUGGUGUUGAUGGGCAGGAAGUACCUAUCCAGGAACUGACCACUUCUUUCACUGGACAGAAUUGCCACUCCCUUGCCGGAAAACCAAAAGUUUUUUUUGUGCAGGCCUGCCAAGGUGAGGCUUGCCAGAAAGGCGUGACCAUCGAAACAGAUGCUGGAGAACAAGAUUCUUCUGUAGAAACAGAUGCAAGAUUUCAGCUUGACUGCAUCCCCGCAGAGGCAGACUUCCUCUUGGGCAUGGCUACCCUGCAAGAUUACGUUUCCUACAGAAGCCCAAGGCAGGGGACCUGGUACAUACAGGCAUUGUGCCAGCACUUGGAGUACAGCUGUCCUCGAGGAGAAGAUAUUCUCACCAUCCUGACAGCAGUGAAUCAAGAGGUGAGCAGAAAGAGUUGCAAGCAGAAUACAGAGAAACAGAUGCCACAGCCCAGUUUCACAUUGAGAAAAAAGCUCAUCUUUCCUGUCAACUAAAUGGGAGAGUACUGUGUGGCAGAGGGAGCUGCAGCAGCCUGGAA